UUUCCUAUCUGUUUCUUCAUCGUUGUCGCUCAAUGUUGUCUGUCAAGUUAACUGUCAUCGACUUCGGAGUUAGCGCCGGCAUUUCUUACGAUCAUUGACGAUUGGUUGCGUACUUGUUUUUACUUGCUGCGAAUUGCAGUCGCGCAGCAAUUCCGAGAAUUAUUGACAACACUGACGACCAACAACGAAAAAAGAUAAAACGUAAACGACACGACGCUCAAUUCGUCGGAAAAACUUUGCACUACAAUUAUUUCUUCUCCUUUUUCUCUUACAACGUAACUUUCGUUUCUCAAAAGCGAUAUUGUCUAAUGAUCUCUUGUAGCGCAUAGAAAAAAAUAUAUAUAUGUAUAUACAUGAGAUCUGAACAAAUGUGGCUCGCGUCCAAUACGCACAGGAAAGUUGACUUACGUUUCUUCCGCGCACUCGUGUAUCGUUACAUCGUCUUCGAGGCAAAGAUCGAAAAAAAAGAGAAGGGUCGGGAGAAAGAACAAGAGUGAGUGAGCGUGGUAGCAUUUCUCGUGUGUUGCUUGUUCGUAAAACUUAAAAUUUAGAACAGUAUAUGUACGCGAAAAUAGAUCCACAUGACCCACACAAUCAUUGAUUAUUAUUGGUCAGUAAUGUAUGCAUGUAGUAGAACAGAAUUUUCGCGCGUGUUUGCGCGAACCGAGUGUUUCAGAUGAGAUCUGUCUGUUAUCCUGUUUUUUCCUCUUUACAUGAUUGAAACGACGACGUACGCACACGGUAUAUGCUGUGCUCGUUUGUUUGUCGGUUGGUCGCUUGCCUGCUUGUUUGUUUGCUUGCACUUUUGACUGUCAUCUCUAAAGAGGGGUGUCUCGGCGCAAAGAGGAAUGGAUUAUAUGUGCAUCGUAUGAGUUCGACUUCGACCGGUGGUACGGAAGGGUCUAGUCCUGCGUCUAGCCCGGCCUCAGGCGCGAGUCUGACAAUGGCACCAAAAUACGGCACGUUGGUACCGAAUCGUAUUUUCGUAGGAGGUAUCUCGGCAAGUACGACCGAAGCGGAACUUGCACAGGCCUUCUCAGUCUGGGGCAAUGUCAAAGCUACGAAAAUCAUUUCGGAUCGUGCUGGUGUUUCAAAGGGCUAUGGCUUUGUCACUUUCGAAACCGAGGAAGAAGCCAAGCGGCUUCAACAGGAAGCUGACUGUAUUGUACUACGAGAGAGGAAGCUCAACAUAGCACCCGCGAUCAAGAAGCAACCGUUUUCUAGAUCAUUUGACGGUUCACCUUCUUCUGUGCCUACAAGUACUUACUAUUAUGCAAAUGGAAUGGGUAUUCCGUACCAAAACAGCGGUGUGACGUUCUACAAUACUGCGCCUCCCACACCGGCAACUUCAAUUGGUCCACCUACAGAUCCAGGAACAUUUUAUCAAGCAGGAAUGUUUGGUCCUCAAGCAGCUACUGGUCAUCAAGCGUACGCACCGAUGAUGUAUCCGUGCCCACCGUCGCUGUAUGUUCCACAGCAGUAUCAGUUUCAGCCUAUACCGUACGAGCCGUACUACGUAGGAACGGCUGCCGCCGGAGCGCCUCAGUAUUUAUAUGCGACUACUGGCAGUUCGCCGAAUAACUCAAACAGCACUGGUAACGGCAGCAAUAAUUCCAGCAGCGGCGGCACGAAUGGUACAGGAACUACGAGCCCUCCGACAUGCCCACCACCUCUUCCUCUUUCACAUCCGCCGCAUUAUUACGCUCCCGCUGCACCGCCACCCCCUCAUCAUCCGCCGGUACCAGCGGGUUUGCCACCGCCCUCUGCACAAGUAGAUCAUAUGUACUAUUCUUUCGCAACCAGUCCACAUCCCGCGCCGCCGCCGCACGCGCCUAUAGGACUGACUGAACAGCAACUUCUGUUGUACACUCCUGAUGUCACGUCAUGUCAAACCUCCACGUCUGACAGUCAAACUGUCCCGCAGGAGGAUUUACGUUCGACGGCAAACCACUCGGAGCAACCACACGGUGACGCGCAACAGACCGCUACAGGCUCACCGGCAACAUCUCUGGUGCCCCUAAUGCCCGUGAAAUUCCCUGGUCGCUACGCUAAUUAUCAAAUCGCGAUAACACACACGCCGCAGAACGACAGCGAGGACUGCGCUGUCGGUCGUUCUAUGAAUUGUCGAGUUUUCUAUCCUUUGUACAUUCCGCACGCUCACGCACCGCCGCCUUACGUUACGCAUCAUAAUGCGUCCGGUACGUCUAGUCUGCUGCCGACGCCAUCGCCUGGUGCUUAUGACACCAGUAUGGUAAAGACGCAUGGUUACAAUAAUCGAGAUUGCGGUAACAAGUACACAGGCAAUAAUACGUCGCGCGCUCAGAAUCACGGCUAUCAGUUGACACACCAGAACACGCAUGCAAAGAAUACACACACCAGUGCGCAGAUGCACAAGUGCGGCGGAAACGUGGCGGACGGGUUGCACAAAUAUCCGAUGUUACCGAUAUCGUCACGACUGCCAGUGCAGUACAACAGAAGAUCGGCUGGAUCAAACGUGGGCUCGUCGACGCUUCUUAAAUCCGGUGGUAGUCACAAAGUGACUCAUACCUCGUCGCCCAACUACUGCAGCUCGCAGCAAUCGGGCAACGUGAAUACUCACGGUUAUGAACAUGCGACAAAUGGACGCGUGAAGAACAACAAUGAUCAUUAUUACGAGGUCGGCGCGAAUAACAAUAAGUAUGGUUCAGGUCGUAAGAAUUGCUCGUCAAAUAAUAACAACUGUAGGGGAGGUAUCGCUUGCUUGGACGUGCUUGAGAGUGACAACAACAAUAGUCGAUUGAAUACUGACACUUCUCAGACUGACAGCGUCGUCAUCAUUGCCACGACAACGACAACGACAACAACGACGACGACAACGACGACGAUGACAACAUUAUCAUCUCACUUGUCCUCGACCGAGCGGACGAACGUGACCCAGGAAAAGCCGACGAGCCCACCACCAGCUCCUUAUUCACCCAUGACACGACCUCUUCCAAAUCUUUCCCCACCCACCCCUCAGGUCCAAUUCUACACUCCGGCUCAAAAUCGGUAUCAGCCGCCUUCCUCCAUGGCCCCGUCUCAAUCGCAGCAGCAGCAGCAUCAGCCGCCUCAACGCGGUCGGUACUCCGUCGGCCAGUCAUUGUCGUCCGCGGCACGGAAGCCUUCUGACAAGUACUCAAACACCGGUUCGCAGACGACGAUGCUACGGCAGUCCAAGUACAAACAAAUGAAUAGUAUAACUGUGGCUACAACGGUGAGCAAAUUAGCGGAGGAUACUCUAGGAGGUGCUGGCGACGGUCCCGGCAAGUUGUCGAUAACGCCACCCGGCACACCACGAGUGUCCAGUCAUCCAGCGGCGGGCGAUCAAUUAAGCGACACGUGCCAUCAGAUGCAGGCACUGGCUUUGUAGAUGUUUCCCGCUUAUCAAACUUCCGAACCAUUUUUUUCUGGUUUUUCUUUUUGUCUUUGUGUCUCUUCUUGCCUAUGCGUGUGUCGCGCGCUCUAGCGCACACGUAAUGUAUACUCAUGCAUACUCCCGCAUACAUAUAUACGUACAUGCAUACAUACAUAUAUAUGCAUGUGUGAUUGAGAGAG